CUUUACGAACAACAACAUAAAAAAACUACGCUCGCAUACGUUAAACGUGUUUCCCUUAUUAUUCUGUAGUACAAAAACUUGUGAACGAACAAACUAGUUGAUCAGUGUAUAUUAAGAUGUGUCUAAGUAAGGUACUUUGUGCUUAUCUCUUAAACAUUUGUUAAAUGUUUUCUAAAACUUAAGAUUAACUAAUAAUGUGCUGUAUGCAGUAACUUAAGUAUAGAUGAAUACAAAUGGCGGUAACAAAAUACUUAUUGUUUCUGAUUAUACAUGUAUUUGCGUUAAAAGUCUAUGGUAAAUUCACAUGCGAAAUUCAAGACGAUGAUUAUGUAAUUGAUUGCGGUAAUUAUAAUGCGACUGACUUUGUAUUGCAAAGAGGUUUGCUGUCACCAUUUAGGAAUAUUAGAACUCUUUUAUUGAACAUCUGUCAUAUAAAACAUAUAGAAACGGAUGUAUUUGAAGAGGUACCUUUAUUAGAGAGACUCGAUUUGUCAGAAAAUCAAAUAGAAAAUCUCACAAUUGGUACUUUCGAUGCACUAACAGAAUUAGAAGAAUUAAAUCUAUCUGAUAAUUAUAUAACAUAUCUACCAGUUGACAUAUUUAAGUUUAACGUUAAACUGAAGAAACUUGAUUUAGGACAUAAUGCAAUAUUCCAGUUAAAUCUCGGUGUCUUCGAUAGUUUAUUGAAUUUGACAAUUUUAGUAUUAUCAAAGAAUUUAAUCAUUGGAAAUUAUUGGAAUCCCGAUGUAUUUAGGAGGAAUAUCAAUGUUGAGACCAUACAAUUUUCUGGCAACAAUAUGUCCGAAGCACCUCAAAAUUUGUUAUCACACUUUGAUCGAUUAAAUAGUGUGAGUCUAAGGAAAUGUCAUCUGACAGAAUUUCCUACAUUUCUUAUAUCGAGUAAUAUAACAAGCAUAAUACAUUUAAACCUACGACAAAAUAAAAUUGGAAUCAUAAAAAUGAAUUUCUUUGAGAAUUUUGAAAUUCUAGCAAUAUUAGAUUUGUCUCGAAAUCAAAUUGAACACAUCGCUGAGAAUUCCUUUAAAAGCAUGAAGGAACUAGUAGUUUUAAAUUUGAGUAAAAAUUUAUUGACUACCUUACCUAAUGGAUUAUUUGAAACCACGUAUAAAUUAUCUCUUCUCGAUUUGUCUCAUAAUAUGAUCACCGUUUUACAAGAGGAUUUAUUCAAAGAAACUAAUUUGAUGGAAUUAAGUGUGGCUCAUAAUAAACUGACCUAUUUGCAGGAGAAUUUCAGCCAGCAACAGAAAAACUCGGGAGUAAUAUUAAAGGUUUUUUUCUUCGAUUUCAAUCCAUGGCAAUGCGCGUGCUUGAAACAUUUGUUAGAUGAAGUUAAAGGAUUAAGAAUUCAAUAUAAUACAAAGUAUUUCGAUGGCGAUCAAUCUGUUUGUGUGACAACCAAGGAGUUUCUAUGCAAAAGACAAGAUAUCAACAACUUCCAUGAAGAUUUCUACAACAGCACAUUAAAUUAUUCUUUACUAGCUUUCGCCCGCGAAACGAGACCAAUAUAUCGUACUGUUUGUACCAUUUGGCAGUUAAUCGUCAAAACAAUUGAAAAUUUUGUAUAUUUUUAUCCGAGAUAUCGUUUCAAUCUAACAAGUGGAUUAAAAAAGCUGUUACAAGAUAAGAGGACAAUGGCAGUAAAAAGGCAUCUGCUUCUUUUGGCUGUUGUAUUAUUAAAUAUUGAAGCAAAACCAACAUGCAAAUUCAAUGAUGACAGAUCAAGAUUUUUACAAUGUGAACCUGGUGAUAGUGAUUAUAUCCUAGAAAGGGGUCUUGUACCCGACAAUGCUCGAAUUCUUGGUGUGACACUUAAAAAUUGCAGCAUAUCGUCUUUGAAAGUUAAUUGUUUCGAAGGAUUACCUAAAUUAGAAAGACUUGAUAUAUCGUAUAAUAAAAUAACAACACUACCACUCGGAGUCCUAGAUAAUAUACCAGAUUUAACAUAUUUUAAUGCGUCAUACAACGUUAUCACAAAUUUACCAGGCGGUCUGUUUAAUAUGGUUAAAAAUUUAAUACAAUUAGACCUAACUGGAAAUCAUUUAUAUGAAAUUAAUCCAGGAUUGAUUAAGAAAACAAGCUUAUUAUAUCUAUCGAAGAAUUAUUUACAAGGAAGAGAUCUACAUCCAAAUGUUUUUGAAGUAAGUGAUGUUAAUUUCCUUUUAUUGAAUGAAAAUGACAUGAAUGGAGCACCGGAUAAUAUGUUGCGGACUUUAAGAGAACUUCUUUAUUUAAAUCUAGAUGAUUGUUCAUUAACAGAAGUACCAAGAUUUAUAACAACGGAAAAUUUAAAAACCAUAACCCAUCUAACAAUGGCAGAUAACAGAAUACGUGAAAUAAACGAACCAAUAUUUAACAACCUAAAGGAAUUAGAAGUAUUAAAUUUAACAUUGAAUUUAAUAGAAAGUUUAAACGAUAACUUAUUUACACCGUUGAAGAAAAUAAAAAAAAUCGAUUUAAGAAUGAAUCGAUUAAAAACGAUCACCGAACAUCAAUUUCAGAACACACCGGUGUUAUCUGAGAUUGAUUUGUCCAACAAUUUAAUCACAAUUUUACCAGUAAAUGCGUUCCGUGCAUCUGCAUUAAAGAAGCUCGAUAUAUCAAAUAACAGAUUAACUUAUUUACAAGAUAACUUUUGUUUAGAAUUAAAGAACUCUGGAGCUGUUUUGAGAGAUUUUUAUUUUAGUGGUAAUCCAUGGCAAUGUGCGUGUCUACGACAAUUGUUACGUGAAGUGAAAACAAUGGAUUUACAGUACGAUGAUGUUAACUACGAUGGAGGACAUCGGGUUUGUGUGAGCGCUGGACAAUUCGUCUGCAAGAGACAAGUGUACGAUAAUCAAGUGUUUUUAGAAAUGUACGAUCGUAAUAACAUCACAAUGGGAUGGUGGUGGAUUGUCGGAUUAGCUAUGUACGUGAAUGCACAGCCAUCUUGUAAAUUGUACGGUGCAUCUAAAACCAUAGUAUCAUGCAAGCCUGGGGAUAAUGACUACGUUUUAGAAAGAGGACUAGUUUCAGACAACAACAGAACUACCAAGAUAACUCUACGUGGUUGCAGAAUUACAAAUGUCGAUUAUGAAUCGUUCGAAAACUUACCAGCAUUAAAACAUAUAGAUUUGUCACAGAAUGCUAUACGGAUGCUUAAAUUAGGCGUACUAGAUGACGCUUUAGGAAAAAUGUUUAAAUUACUAAUUAUUUUAACAUCUUCACCAUUUUUAUUCGUCAAUUGUAAGCCAUCGUGCAAAUCUGAUAAUGGUCAGAAGGAUAUUGGUUGUGUUGCCGGAGAAAGUGACUACAUAUUAAAAAGAGGGCUUGUUUCUGACAAUAAUAUAACUACAGGAAUAACACUAAAAGCAUGUCAAAUAUCAGAUAUAGAAAAAGAAUCAUUCAACGGUCUACCAGCUUUGGAAUAUUUAGAUUUAUCUGAGAAUAAAAUUAAAACCUUAAAACUAGGUGUUUUAGAUGGUGCUAAGCAAGUGAUGUAUUUAAAUUUAUCUUAUAAUUUAUUAACAGAGUUUGAAUUAGGUAUAUUCGAUCAAAAACCUAAUUUAAAAUUAUUAGAUUUAAGAGGGAAUACGAUAAAUUUUUUGAGGUUAGGAAUUUUUGAUGCUUUCAAGAAGUUACAACAUUUAGAUUUGUCAAGCAAUUCUCUUUUGGGUAGAGAAAUAAAUCCGUACAUAUUUGAUCGCAGUAAGGAAAUUAAAUUUAUCGAUUUUUCUAGAAAUGAUAUGUCAGAAUCGCCUGAUAAUCUUUUACAUGCAUUCCGUGUGUUGGAUUUUUUGAAUCUCGACAGAUGUUUCUUAAAAGAAGUGCCUAGAUUUGCGACAAUACCUAAUUUGAAGAAUUUGAAACAUUUAAUGCUAUCUACAAAUUUGAUAAGUAAAAUAGACAAUGCUGCAAUAUUUGUGAAUUUGGAUAAUUUAGAAAUAUUGAAUUUAGCGGAAAAUUGCUUGGAAUACAUUAAUGGGAAAUCUUUGAAACCGUUAAGAAAUUUAAAAAUGAUCGUAUUAAGAGAUAAUAAAUUGAAAAUUAUACCUGAUGAUUUGUUUAGAAAUUUACCUGUGUUAGGAAAUGUGGAUUUGUCACACAAUGCAUUGACAACAGUUCCAGUUAGUAUGUUUAAAGGUACUGUUAUAAAGAAUCUUAAUUUGUCUGAUAAUAAAAUAACCUAUUUGGAAUAUAAUUUUUGUUUGGAGUUGAAGAAUUCUGGAGGGAAGUUAUCUCAGUUUUUCUUCAAUCAGAACCCAUGGCAAUGUUCAUGUUUAAGGGAGUUACUUCGUGAGGUAAAGGCUCUAAAUGUGGGCUAUAAUUCGGUGAAAUAUGACGGAAAACACCCUGUAUGUGUGACUGAUGGUGAAUUUGUUUGUCAUAGACAUGAAGACUAUAAUGAUGUUUAUAUUAAAAUGUUUGAAAACAUUAUUUCAUAGCUUUAAGUUUUAUGAUCUGUUUUAUGCAGUUUACUAUAACA